AUGGCCGACUACUCUUUCGGCGGCAAUGAGGAGGAGAACGCGGAGUUGAGAAAACUCGAGAUUGAACUCGCUGAAGAUCCAGAUAAUUUUGAGACGUGGGAGAAGUUGGUUCGCGGCGCUGAGGCGCUGGAAGGCGGAAUCAAUCGCAAUUCAAACCCUCAGGCUAUCACAACAGUUCGAAAUGGAUACGACCGCUUCCUUGCAAAGUUUCCGUUGUUGUUUGGGUACUGGAAAAAAUAUGCCGACCUUGAAUUCUCCAUUGCUGGCACGGAGGCUGCAGAGAUGGUCUACGAACGUGGUAUCGCCAGCAUACCCACCUCGGUCGAUUUGUGGGCCAACUACUGCGCCUUCAAAGUAGAGACCAACCAUGACUCGGACGUCAUCAGAGAGCUUUUUGAAAGAGGAGCAAACUGCGUUGGACUGGACUUCUUGGCUCACCCCUUCUGGGACAAGUAUGUCGAGUUCGAAGAGCGACUUGAGGCCUUUGACAAGAUUUUCGGCAUUCUUGGACGGGUUAUUCACAUCCCAAUGCAUCAAUAUGCUCGCUACUUCGAGCGGUUUCGUCAACUGGCACAGAACCGUCCUGUGAACGAGUUGGCCCCACCAGAGACUUUGUCCGAGUUCAGAGCCGAAGUUGAGUCUGCUCAACUUCCUCCAGGGUCCAAAUCUGAAGCGGAGACUGAGCGUGAUCUUCGAAUGCGCCUGGAUACAUACCAUCUGGAGGUUUUCUCCAAGACACAGGCCGAAACCACUAAGCGCUGGACUUAUGAGUCUGAAAUCAAACGCCCGUACUUCCACGUGACAGAGUUGGAUGAAGGGCAACUUGCCAAUUGGAGGCGCUACCUCGAUUUUGAAGAAUCAGAGGGCUCCUAUAGCCGCAUCACCUUUUUAUACGAACGAUGCCUUGUCACAUGUGCCCACUACGAUGAAUUCUGGCUACGCUAUGCCAGGUGGAUGUCCGCACAGGCUGAAAAGGAGGAAGAGGUCCGAAACAUCUAUCAACGAGCAAGCACUGUUUUCGUUCCAAUUGCACACCCCACUGUGCGCUUACAUUAUGCCUACUUUGAAGAGAUGACUGACCGCGUUGAUAUUGCCAAAGACAUCCACUAUGCAAUUCUUUUCGCGCUUCCCAACCACGUGGAUACCAUUGUCUCUCUGGCCAAUAUUUCUCGUCGCCACGGCACAGUUGACGACGCUAUCCAAGUCUACAAGAGCUAUAUAGAGUCUCCUGAGUGUGACGUGGCCACCAAGUCAGCUCUCGUGGCCGAAUGGGCUACUCUGCUUUGGCGGGUCCAAGGAUCUCCGACCGAAGCGAGAACUGUGUUUGAGAAUAACCAGCAGCAGUAUCUGGACAGCCCUGCGUUCUGGACCCGGUACCUGCUUUUCGAGCUUGAGCAGCCCACAAGCCCAGACACCGAAUCCACUCAAUACGAGAGGAUCAAGGGCGUGGUCGAUGGCAUCCAAAACAAGAGCAACCUGCCUUCAGAAAUAGUCAAGGACCUCGUGCAGAGCUAUAUGAUCUAUCUCCUUGAGCGAGGAACAAAGAGCGCAGCCAAGGAAUACAUAACCUUGGACCGUGAAGUGCAUGGCCCCCCUUCUGUUUCGCCCACAAACAAGGCGAAAGAGUCAGGUAAAGCCGCUGAGGUCAUUCCUCAACUGCCUCCAGUCCCAGAUCCAGCUGCGGCCGCCUACGCUUACUAUCAGCAGCAACAACUAGCAGCUUCAGAAGGAGCGGCUCAACCUGCUCAAUAUUGA